CCACACAUUCAGCCUCCUACUCCCACCUCCACCUCCCAGCAUCUGGCUCUCAGUCUCCUGACCUCCUGCUCCAGCUUUCAAUUUCCAGCUCCAAGCCUGGUCCUUAUCCUCCAUGGCGCUGGCUCUGAUGCUGGCCUUCCUGGUCCUCACUGUCUGCAGCCCAGGCACCCAAGGUAGUGACAGUGGGGCUCUUGACUGCUGUCUCAAGUACAGUCGGAAACAGAUUCCAGCCUCUAUCGUCCGAACCUACAGGCGGCAAGAAAGCAACCAGGGCUGCUCCAUCUCGGCCAUUAUAUUUACUCCCUGGAAAAGAUCACAGGCAGAUCUGUGUGCUGACCCCACGUUGAAAUGGGUACAAGACCUGGUGAAGCGGCUUGACAAGCAUGGAGGAACCCUGCCAAAACCUAAACCCCGGAACUGCAAAAAGGAAACGGGAACCCCCAGGCCCGGCAAGAAGAGCCGAGAGACCAGGGGCUGCAAGAGGACUGAGCAGACCACUGUCUCCAAAAGACCUCCUAUCCAGUGAUGUCAUCAAAGACUCCAUUGACCCCUGGUCCCCUCACUGCCCUCCUCCCAGGCUCUGAGCCACAAUAUUCAGGUCAUGGAGAAGAAUUAGGCAUGAAUCCUGGUUCUAGUCCCAGGCCUGCCUAGCUCACCCCAGAGACACCCUCUUUUUUAUGCUUUGAUUUUUCUAUCUAUGUUCCCAGGGCCUUUAAGGUCUAGAGAUGCAGAGAAGCUACAAGAUUUCCCAGAGCGAGGUAGGGGGACAGGGGAUUGACCCAGCUCUUUCUGGGAAAGGUUUCCCCAGUCUUCCCCUGGGACCUGGCUCUGGUCUCUAUUCCUGCCCCUAGCCCUUUCCCUAUAACCUACCCCCGCUGGGAGUCAAGAUUGACAUGUCCUUCCCCCAUUGUAAAUACUUUCUGUAUCUAGACUCAAUAAAGUGUUUG